AGAGGGCCGGACGUCUGGCUUCGGAAUUGGAGUCUUCGUUGCGGUAACGAGGACGGAGCGGUGACCGCCCGGCGCGGAAGCUACAGCAGGUUUAAAAAUGGGUGAUGUUGAGAAAGGCAAAAAGAUUUUUGUACAGAAGUGUGCCCAGUGCCACACUGUUGAGAAGGGAGGCAAGCACAAGACCGGGCCAAAUCUCCACGGUCUCUUUGGGCGGAAGACAGGUCAGGCUGCUGGAUUCUCUUACACGGAUGCCAACAAGAACAAAGGUAUCACUUGGGGAGAAGAUACACUGAUGGAGUAUUUGGAGAAUCCCAAGAAGUACAUCCCUGGAACAAAAAUGAUCUUCGCUGGCAUCAAGAAGAAGGGAGAGAGGGCAGACUUAAUUGCUUACCUCAAAAAGGCUACUAAUGAGUAAUAGUCACUGCCUUAUUUAUUACAGAACAGAAACGUCUCAUGCUUUUUUAUGUGUACCAUAACUUAAUAGAUCUCAUACACCAGAAUUCAGAUCAUGAGUGGCCUGACAGAAUAUUUUUGUUGGACAGUCUUGAUUUAAGUAAAAUUGGCUUGUAGUUCAAUGGAUAUCUUUUUUUCCCCAAAUUUUGAUAGUAAUUUCAGUUGAGUAAAUACUAUCACUGUUUUCCCAUUCCAAAUAUAUUGUUGGACUUGAUUAGUAAUGUUCGACUUUUCACAAAGAUUGAGAAUGUCAUCUCAAAACUUACUGAAGGUUGGUUUUAUAUUUAGAUUUAUAUAACUGGUUCUGUGAAUAUGCUUAAAUAUGGAGAAAUUCCUCAUUGUCUCAAAACCAAGCAAGACUCCCCUGUUUGAGUUUGUGUUUAUGUGCCUGUUAAAGGGAGUGGUUGAAGACAAGAAAGCAACGUCUAUAUUUUUGGUCGUGACUAUACCGAUUUAAUUAGAAUUCCCUGUAUCUAAAAAAGUGCUGCCUUUUACUUACAGAAAGGCAUUUUACUGUGGUGUAUGUAUAAUACCAAAUAAAGAAUAUUUAACAUUUCUCACAUUUUAGAGUUGAUCUGUAAGUUCAGAUCCUUUUAAAAGCAUGAUAUAAUAGUAAGUUAGACUUUACUUUUGAAUACUUUAGGUCAGACUGAGUUAUUAUUCAGGAUAGUAUUUAAACAGCUAUUUAAAAACACAAGACUGAAACUACUGUUGAAUGUGUGAUUGGUAGUGGUGCUUCCUGUUAGCUCAUUAGAAGGAUUAAAAGUGGGGAAGGUACAACAUGAGCACAAAUUUGUAUGUGACUAUGAUACUUAAUUAAAAACAAAUCAGAUUGA